AUGACGACAGCCCAUAGACCGACAUUCGACCCUGCACGAGGCAAAGAAGCACAACGAGGUGUCGCGUACCAUCAGAGGCUACUUCCUGCGCAUACUCUCCUCAAAGUCCGUCAACCGGGUCAAGGCGGAGCGGCCGACACCGAAGAACGAGAUCUACGUGCAGAACUCCUUGCUGCAGAGGCAGCACAUUUUGCGAAGAAUGGGAGAAGCACCGGAGCUGCCAGCAGUCCACCCAAUACCGCCAAACGUGAACUCGAAGCCCCUCCAGACGAUGACGAGAAUGAAGACCCCGAUGCGAAGAGACGGCGAAUCCUAGAAGAAACUCGUGAUAUUGACGCAGACUCCGAUGGAGGCGACAGCGACAGCAGUGACGAAGAGAGUGACGAGGAAGACGAGACAGCAGAAUUGAUGCGCGAAUUGGAGAAGAUCAAACGAGAACGAGCAGAACAAAAAGCAAGAGAAGAAGCCGAGCAAGCAGCACAAGCACAAGAGCAGCGCGAGGAGCACAUCGCUUUAGGCAACCCGCUGUUAAACCCCAAAGCUUUCAAUGUGAAGCGUCGGUGGGACGACGACGUGGUGUUCAAAAAUCAGGCUCGAGGUACAGAGCAAAAGGGUAACAAGGAAUUUGUCAAUGAUCUGCUACGAUCGGACUUUCAUAAGAAAUUCAUGUCGAAAUAUGUACGAUGA